AUGGCUAAAAGAAAGGAUGUCGAGCGUGCUUUUGGAGUUCUCCAGGGUAAAUUCAGAAUUGUCGGAUCUCCAUGUAAGUAUUGGCAUCAACCUGACUUGAACCUAAUUAUGAAAUGUUGUCUUAUUUUACACAACAUGAUUAUCGAGCAUGAACGUCGGGAUACGGAUUGGGGCAGAGUUGUUCCUGUUCCGCUUCUGGAACCUACCAUUAAUGGUCGUGUAUUUAUGUCAUCUCUGAAAAACCUAGAAUUACACCUACAACUAAGAGAUGAUCUUGUCAAGCACAUAGUUGCGCAUCCUGGUAAAGGAGGUCAGGCAGGGGACAUGUCUAGUUUGGAGGGUUCAGAUAUGGAAUACGUGGUACUUCCAUCAUCAGAAGGAGAUCAUGAUGAUACAGACUUAGAUGAAGAAGUAGUUCCUGGUCAAACCGAGGAUGGAGCAUUUGAUUAUUAUGGGGAUUACAAUGAUCAAAUUCCGGAUGACUUUGAACAUGCAGUUCAACAUGUAUAUGGAUACGGUCAUGUGGGAGACCAAUAUGAACAUGAUGGAGAUGAAGAUAAUUCUGGCAAUGAGGAGGAUUAUGACGAUGAUGGGGACGAUGACGAGGACGAUGAUGAUGACGAGGACGAUGAUGAGGAGGAGGACGAUGAUGAUGAGGAUUCUGACGGUGACGAGGAGGUUGCGUACGAUGAUGAGGGUAUGUAUGAUGAGGAUGAUGUUGAGGCAUAUGAUUAUAAUUCUACCUAUUCUUCUUUGCAUUCUCAAUAUUUGAGGAGAAAUUCAAAGAUAAACAUCUAUUCAAUGGCAAAUCGAUCAAAAACUACCAACUCAGUUGAAGAGAUUCUUAGAAGAUGCAAACGAAGCACCCAAUCAAGUGUUGCCAUGGAAAUAGAGAUAUGCAAAAGAGGAGAUCAAGCUUCUACGAAAGCAACAAUGUCUUCAUCACCUACCAAAUUUAUUAACAAGAUGGAUGAAGUGUUAAGCAAACGGAAAUGGGAGAAAGAAGAAACCAAACAUUCAUUAUCCGUUGUGAUACAAUACGAAGAAAAGCUCAAGGCAGAGAAACGGGGUCAAGAAUAA